GGCUAACAGCACCCGUUACAUUCCCGGUGGCAAUGAAUGUUUAGGUUAGUUUUGGGCAGAAGAGUUCGGUUGAGUUUAGAAGGAGAAUGGUGGUCGUCGUCGGCGGCGGCGGCGGUGGUUUCAAAACCAUCCCUGUGCCGCCUAAAUCUAUUGUCUUCUUGAACCAAUGGUGGCUUGUGAAGCAACGCAACGGUUUAGCCGUUGGAGGGGUUGCUUCCGUCGGGAGAGACAGAGAAAGAGUGUUUACGUCCACCGUCAUUGCGGAGAGAGAAGAAGCCAAUGUCGUACGUACUCAAGAUGACACCACUAUUAUUUUCCGUGGUUUCGUCGACACCUCUCGUUCAUCUCAGAGUGGCGUCCCCUUAGAGGUUUGUCAACACUUCCUGGUUGGAUUUCCAUACAAUUGGAGCGCGUAUUCUUCAAUUGAUAACAUAGAAUGCGAAUGUAACAAUAGUGAAAAAGGAAUCCCAGUUGAAAGCCUAGCCAAUGUUGAAAGCCUAGCCAAUAUUCAAAGCCAAGCCAAUGUUGAAACCCAAGCCGAUGGUAAAUCUUCGAUCGGUAUGUAUGAUUCCACAGGCCCUUCUGGAAAAAACAUCGUUAAAACUCAAAUUUCGGCCAAGAAAAAGAAAGCUGUUAGAGAAAAGAUAGGGUUGGAUGCAAGUAGGAUGGUAACGAGAAGCAUUUCCAGAAAUAGUCAAUCAAUGCCCAAAGAAGACGGGAAAGCUCCAAAAGCCAAUGUUUUUUCUCAAGUUAGGAGAUCUCCCAGGCUAUAUAGUUGUAAAUAAUUAUCUCUCAUACUGAAGUAGUGUUGGAUAGUGAAACUUGUGAACAUAGUUUGCUAUAUUAUGCUCUGUUAGUUUAUUUGAAGUGUGUAUUAUUGA